AUGGCCAACAAUACCUUCGAAAGUGCAGAGGAAGGCAUGCUCCAGGAGUUAUCGCGAGAGAAAAAGAAACUUGAAGAAAAACGCGACAAAUUGGCGCAAGAGUUGGAGCACGUUGAAUUAAACAUCAUCAAGACCCAAGCAGCCUAUGGUGCCAUCUACAACAAAAGGUCACCUUUGCUCAACCUCCCAACAGAAGUCACCUGCCUGAUCUUCGAGUACGCCCUGCUACCGUCUGUCGAAGAAGAGAAGGAUGAAGAGAAGGGAGAGGAGGAGCCACCGGAGUACCUAAUGGAGGUCACAGUGUCGCAUGUCUGCCGUCGUUGGCGGGCCAUCGCGCUCGAUUUCCCGAGCCUGUGGUCCGUGUUCUGCUACGAGGGUGCUGAAGCGCAGCGGGUGCCUCUGGAUCGUUUCAACGCGUACAUGGAGAGGUCGGGGACGCACCUGUUGGAGUUACGGCUCAACUUCAAGGGUGCGGGGGAGGAUGACGAUCAUGAGCCUCUGCUGCAAAAAGCGUUCCUCCACGUCGCUCGUUGGCGACGCGUCACGAUCCUCUCUGAUCAAGACACAUUACUAUGGACGCAGCUCAGUAAGGCCGAGAACGUCGCAGCUCCAAACCUCGAGUAUCUGGCGAUCUGCCCCGACGUCGAGUGCGAGUGCGGAAACCAGGGCGACCUCACUGAGGUGGAGGACCUUGAGCCGAAGCUAUUCGGUGGUGGUGCACCGAAAUUGACGUCGGUGUGGACGGAUGGUACCGGCCCUUCUGCGUGUUUGCCUCCGCUAUCCAACGUUACGACCCUUCGGAUAGAGGAGAAUGAAGCGAGCAUGGCACACAAGUUUUCGUGGACCACUUUCCUCGACCUACUCUCUCUUCCUGCUCUAGAGGACCUGUCGCUUGUCGGAGAGACGUUCCUCGUUCCCGACUUCGCUUUUGUCGAACCAGUGCACAUGAAGAGCCUCAAGAAUCUGCGAUUCAGCGAUGAGGGUGGCAUGGUCAACCUUCUACCCCUUAUCCGCGCGCCUCUCCUCGAAACCCUCCACAUCAUGAACUGCUGGAUCGAGUACAGUUUCAGCACAUACAAACUGAACAGCACCUACUCCUUCCCAUCCCUUCGUGAUCUCUAUUUUGUCGAAUCGAGCGCAGACGACGAGCCGGCUCGAUGCUUCCUAAACUUGACAAGCUCUGUGAAGAACGUAGUCCUCAGCGGCGAAGAUUUCGAAGACUGUCUCCUGAACACGAUCAUCACUCAUGUAUUGGAGACGGACACGAACGUUUGGCCUCAUCUGAAGAACCUCACAUGCAAUAUGCAGCCCCCUAACGAGAUCGAGCCAUACCUAGCGUUCGCCCAAUCUCGUCCGAAGAAGUCGCGCCUGGUCCUUCGUCUCGACGAAGAUUUGGUCGAAUCAUGGGAAGAGGACGACCAGCUGGCGGAGCAGCUGAAAACCCUCAAGAGGGUGUGUAAAGUCAAGAAUCUGAACCGUGAUGAGCCUCUUGAAGGCGAAGGUUGGCCGCCGGGUCGAGAGACUUACAGUGCUAUUGCCAUUGAAGACGAUGACCCAUUCAUUAUUGAAAGUUAUUACGCAUCAGGAGACGAUGAAUAA